AUGGCUCAAGAGAUCAUGGUCUAUACCCAUUAUGCCUCUCCUAUCAUUCUCCUUGUCUUCUUCCUCGUCGCUUUCACCGCUCACAGCAUCUUAACCGCUUCCAAGGAGGAUGUCGUCCAACCGGAAACGGGCCAGACUGGACCGGGGGGCAAGCCGUUACCACGGAACAGCUCACCGACUGCUAAAGCCGCGCGGGAGAAGAAGGCACUGGACUUCAGUCCAUCUCGAAAGCUACUUUUCACCUGGCUCUCCGCUGGUGUCGUGCUCACCUUCCUCGGGAAUGCCGUAACCGUGAUUGUGCAUGCACUGUUGGACAGGAAAGAUAAUUGGUGGUGCGGCCAAGCCGUUGUGAUCUAUGUAGUUGCCUCAUUCUUUGCAUACUCUCUUCUCUUGAUAUCGAUUGUCGACACAAAGCCGGCUCCAACGGGUGCUCAUCUCUCUACAUGGAUCGUGGCAUCCAUCCUAGAAAUCAUACUCCUCGGCGCUUCUUUGGCACUGUAUACUUCCGACCACCGUGAGCCCAAAGCAGGUAGUGGUAGGGACGGCCAAUUCAGGACAGGGGUGACCACAUAUGAAGCUGUUGAGGUCCUCAUCGAUCUUUUGCGAAUACUAUUCCUGGGUGCCCUGAUAUUCUUUUACGUUCUCUUUGUCACCCUUCGAUGGGCAAAGUUGAGAGAGAAGCGUCAUGCAGCAAACGGAAAUCUGCCCGAGACAACCGGUCUUCUCAAUGGUCAUCAGGCAGAAUAUGGCACAGUCAAUGGUCAAACUUACGGUAGCAUUCAUCCAGACCACGCCAAAGAAGAAGAGCCGGGCUGGGUGAGGCCAACGAAAGUACCGACGAAGAGUUGGUGGGAAUACAUUCGUGGAUACUCUCUUUUCUUCCCUUACCUCUGGCCUGCGAAGUCGCGCCGACUGCAAGGCAUUGUUAUCGUCUGCUUCGUGAUUGUCAUGAUACAAAGAGCCGUCAAUCUAUUGGUUCCAAUACAGGCAGGUCGCGUUACCAAUACUCUCGCAGGCGAAAAUGGGGCUCCUUCUAGUGUUCCUUGGGGCCAGAUCUGUCUUUACAUCUUCUACAGGUUUCUCCAGGGAGGCAGUGGAGUACUUGGCGCCGCUCGAUCGGUGAUGUGGAUACCUAUUGAACAAUACUCCUACCGUGAGCUCUCGACUGCGUCAUUUGAGCACGUCCAUGGGCUUAGCUUGGACUUCCAUUUGGGCAAGAAGACUGGAGAAGUAAUAUCAGCUAUGAGUAAGGGCCAGUCGAUCAACACGUUCCUUGAACAAGUGACAUUCCAGCUGCUGCCGAUGCUGGUUGACCUCGCCGUCGCUUUCGGCUAUUUUCUCUACGCCGUCGAUGCCUAUUACGCUCUGGUAGUGGCGAUCGUAACAUGUGCAUACUUGUACAUCACCAUCCGUUUGGCACAAUGGCGUGCAGACCUUCGAAGGGAGUAUGUCAACCUUGAUCGCCAAGAGGAUGCUGUCAAGAAUGACUCGAUGGUCUCUUACGAAACCGUCAAGUACUUCAAUGCAGAGACCUACGAGUUCCAACGCUACCGUAACGCCGUCAACAAGACCCAGCAAGCGCAGUGGAAGGUUGCAACUACACUCAACAUCAUGAACAUCUCUCAGAAUGUUGUGUUCACCUUGGGCUUGAUGAUCGUUUGCUUCAUUGCUGCCUAUCAAGUCACCAGCGGCCAACAAAAUGUGGGCCUCUUCGUCUUAGUUCUAACCUACAUGGCCCAACUCCAAGCACCACUGAACUUUCUGGGCACAUUCUACCGCUCCAUCCAACAAUCGAUGAUCAAUGCUGAGCGUAUGCUUGAGCUCUUCAAAGAGCGUCCUACCGUCAUAGACGAGCCUACUGCAGAAGAAUUGCCGAGCUGCCAAGGGGAAAUCCGCUACAAUGAUGUCAACUUUGCGUACGAUCCUCGGAAGCCUGCAUUGAAAGGGCUGAGCUUCCGAUGCGCUCCAGGCACUACUACAGCACUAGUGGGAGAGUCAGGAGGGGGCAAAUCAACAGUGUUCCGUUUGCUCUACCGCUUCUACAACCUUGGUGGAGGAAGCAUCCAAGUCGAUGGGCAUGAUGUCAAAGAUAUUACGAUCGAUUCUUUGCGACGUCACAUUGGUGUUGUACCACAGGAUACUGUGCUCUUCAACGAAAGCCUCAUGUACAACCUCAAGUAUGCGAACGUCAAUGCUACAGAUGAAGAGGUCUUCGAGGCCUGUCGUGCGGCGAGCAUUCAUGAAAAGAUCUUGAACUUUCCUGAUGGCUACGAUUCCCGUGUCGGAGAACGCGGACUCAAGCUGUCUGGGGGCGAGAAACAACGCGUUGCCAUCGCCAGGACCAUACUCAAGAAUCCACGUAUUAUUCUCCUUGACGAAGCAACCGCUGCUCUCGACACCGAGACCGAACAGAACAUUCAGACUGCGUUAGACAAGCUUUCUCAAGGCCGUACUACACUCGUAAUUGCUCAUCGCCUCUCAACCAUUACCACCGCAGAUCAAAUCAUGGUCCUCCACGCGGGCAAGGUCGCUGAGAGUGGUACACACUCUGACCUCCUGAAGGUUAAUGGGCGAUACGCGAGUAUGUGGCGCAAGCAAAUUCGUGCGCAGAGAGUCGCCGAGGAAGCCCAAGACCUUGCCGAUAGAGCAGAGAAACUCCGCAAGGAAGCCAGAGGCGAUGAGAGCGCUAGCCAAUCCGAGGAUGAGAGAAGUGGAGGGAAUACACGUGGACGGACAGCACAGGGAAGUUCGAAGCCGGGCUCUCGCUAUGAGGACGAUGGUAUGCCUCAUGGUCAUCCUUGA